CGAUAAAUAAUAGAAUGCCCAAGAAUAGAUCCUUGUCGAGCUAACUGUUGUCUAGCAUUUUCUUCUUCUUCAACUGCCAUGGCAGUUACUGCCCCAAAGUUGAUUCUUUCCUCAUCAUCAAAAUCAUCAAGAGCAUACUUAAGGGAUUAAAGAAAUGAGCCAUGUCUUCCAAACUUAUUUUAUCAGGAGAGAUGUGUUUAAUGUAUCAAUACUCUUUUUUCUAGAUUUAAGAAAUGAGUUUCUUUUAUACACAUUUGUAAAAUAUCUUAUCUCCCAAAAGCAAAUCUGAUCUCUCAAAAAGCAAAUCUUAUCUAGAUUUUAUAGGAUAGUAAAUCUUAUCCCAAAAGUUCACGUCGUAAACUUCACGCUCUCUUCUUACCGCCGCCUCCGUUCUCCUGCUUACUUUCUCUCUCUCGUUCUUAACGCUCUCUUCAGAUCUCUCGCUGGCGCUUGAUAUUGAAUCUGUUAUUCUUCAUACUGCAUUCAGAUUCAAUUUUGUUGCUCUCUUAACGAUCUGAAUUUGGUUUUGCAGGCCCUUUUGUUUUCGAAUUUUUCUCCUAACGGUCUGAAAUUGGUUUUGCAGGCCCUUUUAUUUUCGAAUUUUUCUCUUAACAUAUUUCUGUUUAUAGCUGUUGUUUUCCUUUUUGUUUUUUUGUGUGUUAUUAACGUGAUGGUUGCAGGAUUCAGGAACCCCUCUAUGAAAAUGUUUCGUCAGUAUGACUUGCCUCCUCAAACAAAAAGAUCGCAUCAAAAUUUUGACAGGUUCAUUCCUAACAGAUCUGCAAUGGAUUGGGACUAUGCACACUUUAUGGUGACAGAAGGGUGCAAAGUGAAGCAGAAUCCUGUGGCCAGGUCACCUUCAAUCGAAGCAUAUCAAAAGCAGCUUGUAGAGGUCUUCAACAUGAACCGGAGGAUUCUUGCUUUUAAAGACAAACCACCCACCCCUUUGCGUGGGUUUCCGUACGAGGAUUCUCCUGUUUCUUAUGAGGCCAGACCUUCAAAACCUCUUCGCCACAUUCCUCAGACAUCCGAGAGGACUUUAGAUGCCCCAGAUAUUGUGGAUGACUACUACUUGAACCUACUAGAUUGGGGAAGCAGCAAUGUUCUUUCUAUUGCUCUUGGCAGUACUGUUUACCUGUGGGAUGCUUCUCGGCGCAGGACAUCUGAAUUGGUCACGGUUGAUGAUGAAUUUGGUCCUGUCACCAGUGUGAAAUGGGCUCCCGAUGGAAGGCAUGUUGCUGUUGGAUUGAAUAAUUCUGAUGUCCAGCUUUGGGAUUCCACGGCUAACAGAUUGUUGCGAACUUUGAGAGGUGGCCACCAAUCACGAGUGGGAGCCCUUGAUUGGAACAAGCAUAUACUUACCACAGGUGGGAUGGAUGGUCUGAUUAUCAACAAUGACAUCCGGGUGAGAUCACAUAUUGUGAAAACAUACAGAGGACAUAGUCAUGAAGUGUGCGGCCUAAAAUGGUCUGCCUCGGGUCGGCACUUGGCGAGCGGAGGAAAUGAUAACCUUCUAUAUAUAUGGGACGGAUCAUCGACUGCCUCCCCAACAAAUCAAUGGCUUCACAGGUUUGAGGAACACAUGGCUGCAGUUAAGACACUUGCCUGGUGUCCGUUUCAGGCAGACCUCUUGGCCUCCGGGAGAGGAGGAGGAGACCAGUGCAUUAAGUUCUGGAAUACCCAUACCGGUGCAUGUGUGGGCUCAGUUCAUACAGGGUCUCAGGUGUCCGCGCUGCUUUGGAACAAGAAUGAGCGUGAGUUGUUUAGCUCCCAUGGGUUUACUCAGAAUCAGCUAACUCUCUGGAAAUACCCAUCAAUGGUUAAGAUGGCAGAGCUUAGGGGACAUACAUCUCGAGUUCUUUCCAUGGCUCAGAGCCCAGAUGGUUGCACUGUUGCAUCUGCUUCAGGUGAUGAAACACUAAGAUUUUGGAAUGUUUUUGGAACGCCUGAAGUUAAGAAAAAGGUUCCCAAGCCCAAUCCGGAGCCGUUUGCUCAUGUUAACCGAAUCCGCUGAUGCACGAUUCAAUACAUGCUUGAUAUAACCUCAGGUGGUGUAUAGUAUGCUCAGUUUUAGACGCUCCCAUAUAUAUGUUUAGUUCUUAUAACUAUAAUUAGAGCUUGCAAUUUGUUUAGAUCUGAUUUAGGCAACCUUUAAUUUUUGUCAUUAAAUCUGUAUAGAGUUUUUUUUACUAAAUAAAGCUGAUUAAUUGAG